UCAUUCGAAUUGUGUACUAACUAACUAUUCGAGUUACCUGUUAUAUGAUCAUCUCAGAUUUGUUUUUUGUCGCUGCUGUGAUAAUUUUAAGGGAUAUGUAUUUUCUCUGGUUCAUGUUGUCAAAGCUAUGGGAAUGUGUGUUUUUACCCGUUAUAUUGUUAGAGUGUUUUGGUUCAUGUUUGUUUUCAUGAUGUGUAGUUAUCGAAAUUGAGAGGUCCUGCGACGACAUCAAGAUAGUUUUCUUAUUUGUUGAUGUGCAAUUUAACUUUACCAAACAGAAUAAAGAUAGCUAAGAAGAAGAGCAUAUAAUUGAGAUAGGCUUAGUCAUGGUCCCGAUCAUAAUCCAUCCUGCUUCUUGGGUGUUCACUGUAUAUCUUGUUACGAUGAGACACACUUCCCAUUGUGUUAUCGUUCUAAUGAAUGUACCCAAUUAUUUCUUCCUUCCCAUUGUGCUACAAGGAUACGUCGGCGCCCCUCAUCCUCCCACCUACAGCCAGCCCGCCGCCGCCAUCCCCAAGUUGGUUAUGUGGUGGUGCUACUGGUAGAGAUCACACAUGGUCAAGUAUUAGCGGACACAGUUGUGGCCGAGUCACAGAAGAUCAGUCAACGAGAACAGAGCAAGCAAGGCGAGACCUUUAUCGAUAUAUGCACUACCACAACAGAUACAAGGCUCAUACUGAUUCUCUUAUGCAGGAAGCAAAGCUUAAGCGCGACAUCCAGUGGAAGAUAUCCAUUUCUGAAAAUAACGAUUCCAAGAUAAAAGAUUACUCUUGGGUGAUAAAUGGACUGAACAGGCUUUUUAGAUCAAGGCGUGUUCUUUCAUAUUCUUAUCCUUUUGCAUUCUACAUGUUUGGUGAUGAGAUUUUCAAGGAUGAGAUGACUCCUGAGGAAAGAGAACUCAAGCAGAAUCUCUUUGAGGAUCAGCAACAACAAUUAGAGUUCAAUGUUGAAAGGUUAUCUGGCUUCCUUGAGAAGGAUUUUCAAAAUUUUAGUGAUGAGGAGGUUAUGGAUACAAUGAAGCAUGUUAUCAAUCUUUCCAAUGUGGUAGAUAGGCUCUGCAAGCAAAUGUAAGAACUCUGCUCAACAAAGUCCCUGUCAGUUACCUUGAGAAAAUAUGUUUAGCCAGUGUUUGUGCAAA